CCGUUACUACCGCGAGCGAAGCGUCUUAGAGGAGGAGGGAGGAUUCGUUAUGCCGUGUCGUGCUAUGCUAUGCUGUGCUGUGCUGUGCUUUACUGGUCUACCGUAAUUUCGAGUUCGGACAAUACACUGCCUCAGGUUGCUUUGUUAUCUACCUAUCUGCUUACCUCAUGCCAUGGUAUACUCUACCUCGCUGACAAGUCCUGCCAAAGUCGUACGGCUGGCUGGAUGGCUGGCUGGAUGGCUAGGUACGGAGCUCUACCUGAUACACUUGGCAUCACAUCGCUUUUCCAAAGCGAACGGUCUCCGUAAUACUUUAUGUAAUCUGACAUGUGGAAGAGGCACGCAUGUAUGAGGUAUGUAUGUAUGUAUGUAUAUUGUCUGUGUGUCAGGUAGUCGAGUCAUCAAAUCCUUAGCAUCCCCUGUCUGGAGACC